AGGAUGUCUCGCACAGUCACAUGUCUCAAGAAACACCAGCAGCACUGACAGCAGAGCGAGAGAUGUGAAGGAUGCAUGGGCGACACUGCAUCUUCCUCACCUACUUGGUGGCUGUUGCCACCUAUGUUUCUAUGGCUUUCAACAUUGACGUGGCAAAACCUGUUGUCUAUGUUGGGAAUCAAAAGGAUUACUUUGGAUAUAAAGUACUUCAAUAUUCAUCCGGCACAGACAAAGGGAUAAUAGCUACAGCUCCACUGUGGCUAAACGGAUCAGGUGGAAUAUGCAAACCCCAUCAAAACCAAACUAUUUGGUGCACCAACCCUCAAGAUAUGUCUCUAACAAACACAACUGUCAAGCACCUUGGCCUGUCGAUAGCUAAAGACCCCAAACAAUCCCAAUUCACAGUUUGCAGUUCAAGUGUGAUCCACGAGUGUAAUGAGAACCUCUACAUGAACAGCGUGUGCUUCAACAUCACAGAUAAUCUUCAGCAAAUAUCCUCUUUCACGUCGGCUUUCCAAGAAUGUACAAAAAAGACAGUGGAUCUUGUCUUUCUGUUUGAUGGAUCCGGGAGUAUGACCGAAGCAGAAUUCAACAAAAAUAAAGAUUUCAUAGUGGAUAUAAUAAACAGCCUUAAGAACUCAUCAAUCAAGUUUGCAGCAGUUCAGUUCUCCAGUACUUACAAAGAAGUUUUUAACUUCAAUGACUACCAAGCUGGUACUUAUCUGGAAAAACUCAAGAGUGAACCCCAUAUGAUGAGUCUCACCAAUACACACGCAGCUCUCACAUUUGUGAUGAAAGACAUUUUGAAAAACCCGCAAGCAGGCGCCUCUCGUGAUGCAACUAAAGUUGUGGUACUUAUCACGGAUGGAGAUCCCAGUGAUAGAGACAAAGGGAUUAUCAAAAUAUAUGAUGAUCAAAGCAUCAUUCGCUUUGUCAUUGGGGUCAAAGGUGCUGACCUGGACAAAUUCCAAAAGAUUGCUUCAGAACCAAAAGAAAAAUAUGCCUUCAAAAUUGAGAACUAUGACGGACUCAAAGGUGUACUGGAAAAAUUUCAAAAAAAGAUCUUUCAAAUGGAAGGCUCCAAAGUGUCUCGAGCUGGAGAACUGACCAAUGAAAUGUCUCAGAGUGGAUUCAGUGCUGUAUUCUUCGACGAUAGUUUGAUUCUGGGUUCAGUGGGAUCAAACACCUGGCGUGGUUUUCUCCAAGAGCGUCGUGGAGAAAUAGAAACUCAAAUUAAAGAUCACCAAAUGCUGAAUGACUCAUACCUUGGAUACUCUAUUUCUGUUGGAAAGAAGAAUAAUGCUCCUCUAUAUUUCGCCGGGGCACCAAGAUUUAAUCACACAGGACAGGUCGUACUUUUCAGACUUUAUGGCAAAAACUGGACGGCAUCCGAAAGAGUAAACGGGGAACAGAUUGGUUCUUACUUUGGCGCAGAGCUGUGCUCAGUAGAUACAGAUUCAGACGGAAACACUGAUUUCCUGCUGGUGGGAGCUCCACAGUUUUACGAGCCUCAGGAGAAGAAAGAAGGCCAGAUCUACAUCUACACACUGACUGAUGAGAUGCAACUGAAAAGUGAACCAACUGUGACUGCACCCUCCAUGGGGAGAUUUGGCACCACCAUAUCCAGUCUUGCAGAUCUGAAUGGAGAUGGACUGCGAGAUGUUGCUGUUGGAGCUCCUCUAGAGGAUAAUUACAGGGGGGUUGUGUACAUCUAUCUUGGUGACAGAAUCAAAGGGAUACGCAGCACUUACAGCCAGAAAAUAAUUGGUCAUAAAAUAAAUCCUGGGCUGAGAUUCUUUGGACAGUCCAUUGAUGGGGACAUUGACCUUGGAGAGGACCUACUCCCAGAUAUUGUGCUGGGAUCACAGGGCAUGGUUGUUGUGUUAAGGUCCAAGCCUGUCUUUAAUGUCAUGGCUUCUCUUUAUUUUCAACCUAAAGAGAUACACACUGACAAAAUUGAAUGCCUUGGCAACACAGAUGGAAAUUUGCCAAUGGUAACCCUAACAGCCUGCUUUAAAAUGGUAGAAACAACAAAAAGUAAAGCAGUGGAAAUGAGCUCCACACUGAACAUCUCGUACACGAUCGACGUUGAUCCCACGAGACAAACGUAUCGGGGGUUCUUCAGUCAAACCGACAGGAAAGCUAGAAAUCUCACCUCUACCUACGAGCUGAGGGAUAAAGACAUCUGCUUCAACCACUCCAUCUACAUGCAGAAAUGUGUUAAAGACACACUAACACCCAUCAGCCUCAAAAUAAAUUUUUCUCAAGUUGACAGUGAGAACGCGAGGGCCGUCCUGAAUGUGGACAGCAAAAGGCAGGCCACUGUUGAGGUCCCAUUUGAAAAACAUUGUAAGAAAAAUGACACUUGCGUUGCGGAACUUGAGGUGGAUUUCAACUUCACGACCACAACAUUAUUGGUGGCAGAAGAUAACUUCCUCAACGUGUCUUUAAAACUGUCCAAUCAUGGUGAUGACUCAUAUUACACCAUCCUAACAAUGCACUACCCUCAAGGCCUCUCCUUCUCCAUGAUGGAGAUGAUUCCUGAAAAGUCAACAAGACCAACGCUCCACAGUUGUAAUGAUCUAGAUGGAGUACUCAACAAAACUACAUGCGUUGUCAGCCGGCCUGUGUUCCGAAGCAAAUCCACUGCAACAUUUAAUGCUUCUUUCCGCAUCAUAAAUGAGUAUGAGUGGAAUGAUACCAUUUUGAUGACCAUAACUGGAAAAAGUGAAAACUCAGACUCCAACAACAACAAUACCCUGACCAAGAGCAUCCCAGUACAGUUUGAAAUCAAAAUGGCAGUAACAGAGAAAGAAGAUCUCAUGAGGUAUCUGAAGUUCACAACAGAGGACACUGGACCUAAACAAAUAAUUGCUUCAUACAAGAUGGAUAAUAUUGGUUUCAAAGACUUUCCUGUUAAUGUGUCAAUGUUCUUCCCAACUAAACUGGAAUAUAACUUGGAAUUGACAAAUUAUCAAGUCAUUGUCCGCCAGAACAAAACUCAGUGCUCAAGGGUAACUGACAAGGAUUCGAAAUACUGCUCGACACAAAAACAGUGCAAAGUGAUUUUAUGUGACAGUUUCACCCUGGAGAAAGAUUCACCCACUGAGAUUACAUUGAUAGGAGAUGUACAAUUUAGGGAUCUCAAAAAAUAUGCAGCGAAUAUUGCUUUUCUUAAACGAUAUACUGGAGAUGCUGCAGAGGUUACAUUUACAAGCUUCAUACAGGUUGACUAUGACAACCAACGAUAUGUGCUCAGUUCUUACAAAACUAUGGAGAAGACUGACAACGAUCCAACAAAGAAAUUGAUGGAAUUUCGAGUUGAGUUUAUAAUCCCCCCAGAUGAAAUGCUGAUCAUUUUAACUGGAUGUGGAGUUGGACUCUUGCUUCUGAUCAUCAUCACAGUCAUCAUGUUUAAGUUGGGUUGUUUUAAGAGGAAAAUGCUCAAGGAUUACCAGGAACAGGAGGAUGAAGCUCUUCAGGCUGCCCCUAUUGUGCCCACCAAUGGGACAUUCAACCAAUCAGAGAUCGAUGAUGAAUCGGACUACCUGGAAGAGGAAAAAGUGUUUCUCAAUGACGUUGAGGUGAGCGGCAGCUCCUCACCCACUGAUACAAUGGAAGUACUUGAAUAAUUGUACCUGCACAAAGCCUUCCAGCAGGAGCAGAAGGCUGUUAUCAUCUCCUUACAUGCUUCAUCCUCAGUAAAGAUAAAGACGUACAAAAAGGUGGUUGGGCUGGGCGGUAGGGUAAAAUGAAUACAGGGCUUCACCCUAUACACAGUUUUGGUUAAAUUGAUCACAAAACUAAACCAAUUGUUUUCAAAACUGAAAUGAGCUCAGUUUUAUUUAUGCAACUUUGAGAAUUGGCAUGGUGAGCAGUGGUCCUUGGGUUGGUAUCCAUACAAUACAGUACAACAAAUUGUAAGGAUCAAGUGAGGAUCAGAUCAAUGCCUGAAACUAUUAAAAUAGAUUUUAGCCCCCCUCAGUUUUUUCUUAAACCAUCUACGCCAUUUAUUUUCUCUUUGUGUUAACAUGCAGUGUUAUGAAUACACUUAAAUAACAUAUUAUGAUUUGUGGCCUUCCAUUUUUUGUGUAUAUAUUUUUCUAUGAGGUUGUUUUGUAGGUGCAAUGUUCACGCAAACUUUUUUCAUUGUGCGUUGAGCUUGAACAUUUAAUAUCAUUGUCUUCUGUUUGCAAUAAAAUGUACAAUAUAUGUUCAAGGUAACAUCUUCCUCGUACAGUUUUAUAUUGUCUGGGUUGCUUUAUUUAAAGUCUUUUACUGAUGUUGUUGUUGUUGAUGUACCAAUGAUUAUCUUUUAGUAUGAUCAACGGAUACAUCUACGGAAAAAAUUAAGAGACCACAUUUUUUCUUAAAUCUUUAUCUCUACAUGUACGGCAGCCAUUCCAGUGUCUGUUGAAUUCCAACACAGAGACAUGUUGUCAGUAGUUUAUAGAAUACAAUAAAAUAAUAAUAAUUUAACUCAGACUAGGAGUAAAUGAUAACGCUGAAGUGGUCUCUUGUCUCGAUAUAAACAUGUCAAUAUGUAUUUGCUGUACAAUGUAUUUUUAUGUUUAAAAUACGAUAAAUAAAAGACAUCUUUUGGUAUCA